UAUAAUUGAAAAUUGCGUAAAUAUUUUGUCAACAUUUUUAUAUGGUUGCAAUUAUUUAAUUAACAAUAAAACUAAUUAUAUAAAUAAUCAUAGUGCUUUAAUAAAUAAAUUAUUAUUAAACUUAAACAAACAACAAAGUUUACGAUUAUUUAUGUAUCGAUAGCGAUAAAUGAAGCACAUACAUGUACGACAAAUAUUUAACCUGCAGAAGAAAAGUUGAUGGUGUCAUCACAGUCUAGGGGGGAGGAGACAUGUCCGAAGAUUCAGAUUCUCUAUCUGAGGAGGAACGCAGUCUAUUCCGUCCAUUUACGAGAGAGUCAUUGGCACAGAUUGAAGCUCGUAUUGCUGAAGAACAUGCUAAGCAGAAAGAGCUCGAAAAGAAAAGAGCUGAAGGAGAGCCAAAAUUUGGAGAAAGAAAAAAGAAAAAAGAAGUUCGGUAUGAGGACGAGGACGAAGAUGAAGGUCCACAGCCGGAUGCGACCUUGGAGCAGGGAGUACCACUCCCUGUUCGGCUCCAAGGCGGCUUCCCCCCAGAACUUGCUAGUACACCUUUGGAAGAUAUCGAUCCAUACUAUAGUAAUCAAAGAACAUUCGUGGUAGUUAGUAAGGGAAAAGACAUAUUUAGAUUUAGUGCAACAGAUGCAAUGUGGGUAUUAGAUCCAUUCAAUCCGAUCCGGAGAGUAGCGAUCUACAUCCUUGUGCAUCCUUUGUUUUCGCUGUUCAUCAUCACAACUAUUCUCGUCAAUUGCAUACUCAUGAUCAUGCCCACAACACCAGCAGUUGAAUCAACCGAAGUGAUAUUUACCGGCAUCUACACGUUUGAAUCAGCCGUGAAGGUGAUGGCCAGAGGUUUCAUUCUACAGCCGUUCACCUACCUUAGGGAUGCAUGGAAUUGGCUCGACUUCGUAGUUAUAGCAUUAGCGUACGUUACAAUGGGAAUAGAUCUUGGAAAUCUCGCCGCCUUAAGAACAUUUCGAGUAUUGCGUGCCCUUAAAACAGUAGCUAUCGUCCCAGGUUUGAAAACCAUCGUCGGUGCUGUCAUAGAAUCAGUGAAAAAUCUGCGUGAUGUAAUUAUUUUAACAAUGUUUUCACUGUCUGUAUUUGCUCUUAUGGGCCUCCAAAUUUAUAUGGGUGUUUUAACCCAAAAAUGUAUAAAAAAUUUCCCAAUGGAUGGCUCAUGGGGCAAUUUAACGGAUGAAAAUUGGCAUCGGUUUAUGAGUAAUGAAACAAACUUUUAUGUUGAUGAUAAAGGAGAAAUACCACUGUGUGGUAAUUCUUCAGGCGCAGGACAAUGUGAACCAGGUUAUACAUGCCUUCAAGGAUUUGGCAGCAAUCCAAACUAUGGAUAUACGAGUUUUGAUAGUUUUGGUUGGGCUUUCUUAUCAGCUUUCAGAUUAAUGACACAAGAUUACUGGGAGAAUCUUUAUCAAUUAGUGCUAAGAUCAGCAGGCCCAUGGCAUAUGUUGUUUUUUAUAGUCAUUAUUUUUCUUGGAUCGUUUUAUUUAGUGAACUUGAUUUUAGCCAUUGUCGCUAUGUCUUACGAUGAAUUACAAAAGAAAGCUGAAGAGGAAGAAGCUGCUGAGGAAGAGGCUAUAAAGGAAGCAGAACUAGCGCAGUUAGCGAGACAGAAAAAACUCGAUGACCGUGCAGCUCGUGCAGAAGAAGCUGCUGAAGCGGCAGCAUUAGCCGCAAGUGAGGCAGCAAAUGCAAUAGUAAAAUCUCCAUCAGGUUUCUCAACGGAUAGCUAUGAAUUGUUUGUUGGUCAAGAAAAAGGAAAUGAGGAUAACUAUAAAGAACAUUCAGAAGGAUUAGACUCGGUCAGCGAACAUCGAACACGAGCACCACUGAGCUCAAAUAAGAUACGAAAAGUCAGCACAACGAGCCUUAGUUUACCAGGAUCACCAUUCAAUUUACGGCGGGGUUCAAGAGGUAGUCAUCAAUUUACAUUACGUAAUGGUCGUGGCCGUAUUUGUGGUCCACCGGGUGGUGAUCGUAAACCACUAGUGUUAUCUACAUAUUUAGACGCACAAGAGCAUUUACCAUAUGCAGAUGAUUCAAAUGCCGUAACUCCAAUGAGUGAAGAAAAUGGAGCUAUGGUUGUCCCUAUGUAUUAUGCUAAUUUAGGGUCUAGACAUUCAUCAUACACAUCACAUGCAUCACGAAUUUCAUACACAUCACAUGGUGAUUUAUUAGGAGGAAUUGGUGCCAACGGUAAAGUCAUCACCAAAGAGAGUAAAUUGCGAGGAAAAAUGCGGAAUGGACCACCAACUGCCAAUUAUAUGGACAUGAAUCAUAAACCUUACAGAGAGAUGGAUGGACAAAUUGGAAAUAGUGGAAUGGGUGAUACAAAAUUAAAACAUUUAGAUAAUCCUUUCACAGAUACAACGCAAAAGCAAACAGUAGUGGAUAUGAAAGAUGUUAUGGUAUUGAAUGAAAUAAUUGAGCAAGCUGCUGGAAGGCAGAGUCGUGUUAGUGAUCAAGGAGUUUCUGUCUAUUAUUUCCCAGAGGAUGAUGAUGAAGGGCCUACAUUCAAAGAGAAAAUGUUAGAAUCUUUAAUGCGAAUCAUUGACAUGUUCUGUGUAUGGGAUUGUUGUUGGCUAUGGUUGGAAAUUCAAAAAUAUAUUGCAUUAAUUGUAUUCGAUCCAUUUGUGGAAUUAUUCAUCACGUUAUGUAUUGUCGUCAACACGUUAUUUAUGGCACUCGAUCAUCACGACAUGGAUAAACAAAUGGAAAAAGCGCUCAAAAGUGGUAACUAUUUUUUUUCAGCUACUUUUGCAAUUGAAGCGACAAUGAAAUUAUGUGCAAUGAGUCCUAAGUAUUAUUUUCAAGAAGGAUGGAAUAUUUUUGAUUUUCUUAUCGUCACCCUAUCACUUUUGGAAUUAGGUUUGGAAGGUGUUCAAGGUUUAUCAGUUUUGCGAUCGUUUCGAUUGCUUCGAGUAUUUAAAUUGGCAAAAUCGUGGCCUACGUUGAAUCUACUGAUAUCUAUUAUGGGUCGGACAAUGGGUGCAUUGGGUAACUUAACGUUUGUGUUAUGUAUUAUUAUAUUCAUUUUCGCCGUUAUGGGUAUGCAAUUAUUUGGAAAAAAUUACGUUGAUAACGUGGAUAGAUUUCCCGAUAAAGAAUUACCACGGUGGAAUUUUACUGAUUUUAUGCACUCUUUUAUGAUUGUAUUUCGUGUGUUGUGUGGAGAAUGGAUUGAAUCUAUGUGGGAUUGUAUGCUUGUGGGCGAUGUUUCAUGCAUUCCAUUUUUCUUAGCAACAGUAGUUAUUGGAAAUCUUGUCGUAUUGAAUCUUUUCUUGGCCUUGUUGCUCAGCAAUUUUGGUUCAUCAAGUUUAUCAGCACCAACAACUGAUAACGAUACAAAUAAAAUAGCUGAAGCAUUUGAUCGUAUCGGUCGUGCUACAGAUUGGACGAAAGCAAAAGUUAGACACUUUUUUAAGAUGGUUCGGUUCAAAUUAACAAAUCAAAUUUCCGAUCAGUCGCCAGGUGAGGGACCAUCCAACAGUUGGAACCAAGAUGCAAGAGAUGGUGGUCUUGAAUUAACUGACGAAAUUUUAGUAGAUGGUAUUAUUUACAAAGAAAAAUAUUCAAAAGAUAAAUUAGAAGUAACAAUAGGCGAUGGAAUGGAGUUCACUAUUCAUGGUGAUUCUAAAAAUAAACAAAAACGUGGUAAAAAUCACAUCAACAAUAGUAAAUCAUUAUUAUCAAAUCAAAUUCACCAAGAAUAUUUAGGCACAAUAGGUAGUUUAGAUGAGGAUGUAAUGAGUACAAUGUCAUAUGGUAGUCAUAAACAUCGACCGUUUAAAGAUGAAAGCCAUAAAGGUAGCGCUGAUACAUUAGAUGAUGAGGAAGAAAAACGAGAUGCAAGCAAAGAGGAAUUAGGAAUUGAAGAUGAUUUAGAGGAUGAAGAAGGUUGCGAUUGUGGCGGUCCAGCCGAUGAAAAUGAAAUUUUAGAAGCAGCCACAGAAGAUGUUAUAGAAAAUGAAGAUUACCCGUCAGAUUGUUUUCCAGAACACUGGUAUAAAAGAUUUCCAUUUCUUGCUGGUGACGAUGAUGCACCGUUUUGGCAAGGAUGGGCUAAUCUUCGUUUAAAAACUUUCCAAUUAAUCGAAAACAAAUAUUUCGAAACAGCAGUUAUCACAAUGAUUCUACUUAGUAGCUUAGCUUUGGCUUUAGAAGAUGUACAUUUGCCAAAUAGGCCAAUUUUACAAGAUAUACUUUAUUAUAUGGAUAGGAUAUUUACAGUUAUAUUCUUUUUUGAAAUGUUAAUUAAAUGGUUGGCCUUAGGAUUUCAGAAAUAUUUUACAAACGCAUGGUGUUGGCUCGAUUUCGUAAUUGUAAUGGUAUCAUUAAUUAAUUUUGUAGCAUCUUUAGUCGGUGCAGGAGGUAUUCAAGCUUUCAAAACAAUGCGAACAUUGAGAGCCUUGAGACCUUUACGUGCUAUGUCCAGGAUGCAGGGCAUGAGAGUUGUCGUAAAUGCAUUAGUGCAAGCUAUUCCGUCUAUUUUUAACGUAUUACUUGUGUGUUUGAUAUUUUGGCUGAUUUUUGCUAUUAUGGGUGUACAGUUGUUUGCUGGAAAAUAUUAUAAGUGCGUAGAUGCCAAUAAAACUACAAUGAGUCAUGAGUUUAUAGCCGAUAGAAAUGCAUGUGAUGCGGAAAAUCUUACUUGGGAAAAUUCACGAAUGAAUUUUGAUCAUGUAGGAAAAGCUUAUCUCUGCCUCUUUCAAGUAGCUACAUUCAAAGGCUGGAUCCAAAUUAUGAAUGAUGCUAUUGAUUCAAGAGAAAUUGAUAAGCAGCCUAUUCGAGAAACUAAUAUUUAUAUGUAUUUAUAUUUUGUAUUCUUUAUUAUAUUCGGUUCAUUUUUUACACUUAACCUGUUUAUUGGUGUUAUCAUCGAUAACUUUAAUGAACAAAAGAAACGGGCAGGUGGUUCACUAGAGAUGUUCAUGACAGAUGAUCAGAAAAAGUAUUAUAAUGCUAUGAAAAAGAUGGGUUCAAAGAAACCAUUAAAAGCCAUUCCAAGACCAAGGUGGCGACCUCAAGCGAUUGUUUUUGAAAUCGUAACAGAUAAGAAAUUUGACAUGAUAAUCAUGUUGUUUAUUGGUUUGAAUAUGUUGACAAUGACGAUGGAUCAUUACCAACAAAAGGAGACAUUCACAAUGGUGCUAGAUUAUCUCAAUAUGAUCUUCAUUGUCAUCUUCAGCUCUGAGUGCCUUAUGAAGAUUUUUGCUUUACGUUAUCAUUAUUUUAAGGAACCUUGGAAUUUAUUUGAUUUUGUUGUUGUUAUUCUUUCUAUAUUAGGCUUGGUAUUAAGUGAUAUAAUUGAAAAAUAUUUCGUUUCGCCAACGUUAUUAAGAGUAGUUCGUGUAGCUAAAGUUGGUCGUGUUUUACGUCUCGUUAAAGGAGCAAAAGGAAUUAGAACAUUGCUUUUCGCUUUAGCAAUGUCCUUACCCGCGCUGUUCAAUAUUUGCCUGCUGCUCUUUUUAGUCAUGUUCAUCUUUGCUAUUUUCGGAAUGUCAUUUUUCAUGCACGUCAAAGACAAAAGUGGUUUAGAUGAUGUGUAUAAUUUUAAAACAUUCGGUCAGUCAAUGAUAUUAUUGUUUCAAAUGUCAACGUCUGCUGGCUGGGAUGGUGUAUUAGAUGGUAUAAUUAAUGAAGAAGAUUGUCUGCCACCAAAUAAUGAAAUUGGGUAUCCAGGAAAUUGUGGAUCAUCUACUAUAGGCAUCACUUUCUUGCUAUCUUACUUAGUUAUUAGCUUUCUAAUCGUCAUUAACAUGUACAUUGCUGUCAUUCUUGAAAACUAUUCACAGGCAACGGAAGAUGUGCAAGAAGGUCUGACAGAUGAUGAUUACGAUAUGUACUACGAAAUCUGGCAAAACUUUGAUCCAGAUGGUACACAGUACAUACGAUACGAUCAAUUAUCCGACUUCUUGGAUGUACUGGAACCACCAUUGCAAAUUCACAAACCCAAUAAAUAUAAAAUUGUAUCAAUGGAUAUACCAAUAUGUAAAGGGGAUAUGAUGUUUUGUGUCGAUAUCUUGGAUGCAUUAACAAAAGAUUUCUUCGCACGUAAAGGUCCUAUCGAUGAUACAAAUGAAUUAAGUGAAGUGCAGCCUGGUCGACCAGAUGAAGCUGGUUAUGAUCCUGUGUCUUCAACAUUAUGGCGACAACGUGAAGAAUAUUGUGCAAGAUUAAUACAGAAUGCAUGGCGAAAACAUAAGAGACAACGAUCCGGCGAUGGAAAUGAAGGCACCACUGGUGGUGAAUCAGACGAGGGUGAGUUAGAUGUGCAAGGGCGUCAAACUGCCGUACUAGUUGAAAGUGAUGGUUUUGUUACGAAAAACGGUCAUCGUGUGGUGAUCCACUCGAGAACACCAAGUGUCACAUCUCGCACUGCUGACGUAUGAACUUAUGAACAAAAACAAAAAAAUCAAACACCUUGAAUCAACUACUCCUCCUUGACUGAAUCAUCAUCGCCGAGUCUUAAAAUCAUCACAUACAUUAUCGGGUAAAUCGCACAAACAUUCUGUCUCUGUCUCUCUCCAGCUCAGAUUCAUCAUGCAGAAUGCCGCACUUACCCGUUUUCGUAUUAAUUCGAUUAUUCUAGUUAUCUUUCUUUAUCGCUCUCUAAAAUAACACCAAAAACACUUUUUUGUAUUUAACUCACACUAUAUAUAUAUAUUCUCUCUUUGUUGUCUCAUCCGGUCACCCUUGCUUGUUUUAUUGUCCAAAAUUCAGUAACAUUCAGUGGUGGCUCUUCAUCAUAUCCGGUAACUACUUCAAUCAUUUUUCAAUGAUUCUCUUAAACUCUUCAUAAAAACCACUUUUUUCACACUGGUAUGGUAGCAAAAUACUAUGCUACACCACAAUUCUAGAGUUUAAGAGAAUCAUUC